AUGGGACCUCCGCUCCUGUGGGGAUUUAUGCGGCUCCGACAGCAGAAGUCUUCCGGCUGCAGCCCCGCGACCGCGGACACACUCCUGAGUGAGGGCUGCAUUUGCCCUCCCCCAUACCGGUGCUUCGCCCUCCCACGUUAUUGCAUCCCGUCUUCCCCUUUUCCCCUCCCUACACCUGGGAAGCUGAUGCUGAAGCACCUGUCCUCUGACCGCGUGACCAGGGGAGGAGGCUGCAGCUUCCCCGGUGACUGCCACACCUGGCACCGAGACUGCACAUGUCUGCAGAGAGCCUGGUGCCCACACCAAGCUCAGCUGGGGCAGAGAGAAGCAGGCCCCGGGGCAGCAGGUCCCCUUCCUGCGGGGGCGCUGCCGCAACAACCCCAGGACGGGAAGUGGCCGCGCCCUUUGCUUCUCUGUCCUGCGGGACACUGUGGUCCCCUCCACAAAGCCAGGGAGAGUGGGAGAAGAAACCACGGCCCCCAGCCUCUGGGCGCUGCUCUGCCUGGGGCUGAGUCUGGGCCCCAGGCCCCGAGGGCAGGCAGGCUCUGGGCUGAGCCAGGACCUGUGAUACCACAGGAGCCGGUGACCCUCUGGUGUGAGGGGAGCCUGGAGGCCCAGGAGUACCGUCUGGAAAAACAGGGAAGCCCGGAGCCCUGGGACAGACUGAUGUCACCGAAGUCUGGGGACAAGGCCAACUUCUCCGUCCCAUCCAUGACAGAGCACCAUGCAGGGCCAUAUCACUGUCACUAUCACAGCCCUGCUGUCUGGUCAGAGCGCAGUGAGCCCCUGGAGCUGCUGGGGACAGGAGCCCACAGCAAACCCAGCCUCUCAGCCCUGCCCAGCCCUGCGGUGACCUCAGGAGGGACCGUGACCCUCCAGUGUGGCUCACGGCAGAGGUUUAACAGGUUCCUUCUGACUCAGGAAGGAGAAGAUGGGCUCUCCUGGACCCUGGACUCACAGCGAGGCCCCAGAGGGCAGGUCCAGGCCCUGUUCCUUGUGGACCCUGUGACCGCUGGCCACAGGUGGACGUUCAGAUGCUACAGCUACGACAGGAACAAUCCCCAGGUGUGGUCGGAGCCCAGUGACACCCUGGAGCUCCUGGUCUCAGGGCUGUCCAGGAAGCCCUCCCUCCUCACCCAGCCGGGCCCUGUCCUGGCCCCUGGACACAGCCUGACCCUGCAGUGUCGCUCUGACAUCGCCUAUGACAGGUUCGCUCUGUCCAAGGAGGGGGAACCUGACCUCCCCCAGCGCCCUGGCCAGCAGCCCCAGGCUGGGCUCUCUCAGGCCCACCUCCCCCGGGGCCCUGCCAGCAGCUCCCACGGGGGCCGCUACAGAUGCUACGGUGGACACAGCCUCUCCUCCGAGUGGUCGGCCCCCAGUGAGCCCCUGGACAUCCUGGUCACAGGACAGCUGCCUGUCACAGCCUCCCUCUCGGUGCAGCCGGGACCCAUGGUGUCCCCAGGAGAGGAUGUGGCCCUGCUGUGUGAGUCACGGAGCCUGGUGGACACUUUCCCCCUGUCCAGAGGGGCCGCCGAUCCCCCACUGCAUCUGGGAUCAGAGUCCCGAGCUCAGCAGUACCAGGUGGAAUUCUCCAUGAGAGCUGUGACCUCAGCCGGGGGGACCUACGGGUGCUAUGGCUCUCGCAGCUCCGCUCCCCACCUGUCCGCUCAGCCCAGCGACCCCCUGCAGCUCACAGUCUCAGUCUCGGCUUCACUUCCCUCCCCGACUCCGCCACCCUGCCCAGGACUGGGAAGGCCCCUGAAGGUUCUGACCGGGGCCUCGGUGGCCUCCGUCCUGCUGCUGCUGCUGCUCCUCCUCCUCCUCGUCCUCCGACACUGGCGUCAGGGCGAAAGCAGGAAGGCGGCCCAGAGAGAGGCUGACUUCCCACGGCCUGCGGGGGCCACGGGCCCAGUGCCCCAGCACGGAGGCCUGCAGAACAGGUACUUCCUGCCCGGGGACCCGGACGCCCGCCAGCCACCCCCACGGCCCUGACACCCCUUGUCUCCCCAGCUCCGGCCCAGCC